AUGGGUUUGACAGGGCGAUACGAUCUCGGUCAAACUUUUAGUUCCGCUCUCCAGAACAUUAUGCAUAAUUUCAAAGGGCAAGACCCGGGAGUGAAGGCCGCUACUUUCAUCACAUCUGCUUUGCAGACGAUGCAGAUCGUGCUUAUAAUAACUGCAGAGGAGCAAAUGCUGACCAAUUUGUAUGUACGUAGAGAAUUCAAUAUUGUGAAGGACCUAUCUCCCGAGCAGAGUAGAAGGAACGCGCUGCUCGGACAACAUCCAAGAAUGAAUAGAGAAGUAGACAAAGAACAUCCGGCUCGCUUUUACCGUUUCCACACUGCUAUCUUUCCUGCUUUAACGUACGGCCCGGAGCUACGAAAGCGGGAUGAACGUGCUAUCAGCGUUACUCAAUGA